AUGUCGUCCAUGCGCAACGCCGUCCAACGGCGGAACCACAAAGAGCGUGGCCAGCUCCAGGGCCGCGAGAAAUGGGGUCUUCUCGAGAAGCACAAGGAUUACUCGCUCCGUGCCAAAGAUUACAAUGCCAAGAAGGCUAAGCUGAAGCGCCUCGAAGAGAAGGUGCGGGAUCGCAACCCCGAUGAGUUCGCCUUCGGUAUGAUGGGAGAGAAGAACCGGACCCAGGGUCGGCACGGACGUGGCAAAGGCACAGCACGAGACUCUGCCGCAGCGCAGGGACUGAGCCACGAGGCAAUCAAGCUGCUCAAGACGCAAGAUAAGGGUUAUCUUCGGACGGUUGGCGAGCGGGUACGCCGCGAGAUUGAGCGCCUGGAGCGCGACGUGAAAUUGCAAGAUGGCAUGAACAAGGUCCUUGGCAAAAAGGAUGGGAAAAAGGACGAGAGCGACGAUGACGGGUUUGACGACGACUCCGAUUUCGAUUUCGGGGCGCCGGUGCAAUCGAAACCAACCAGGGUGGUGUUUGCCGAUGAUAGACAAGACCAACUGGCAAUGAAGAAGCAGAAGAUACAAAAAGAAGAACCUGCGCUAGAUUCAGAGGAAGAAGAGCAGACGUCAAGCAAGACCCGCAAGACACCUAAGCAGCUUGAGGCUGAGCGGCAAGCACUUGUGGAUGCUCGGCGGGCUCGCAAGCUCCGGAAACGAGCCAUCGAGGCCCGACACAACAAGCUGACUGCGUUGCACAAGCAGUACGCCGAGAUUCGGACCGCAGAGCAAGAGCUUGAUUGGCAGCGGGCUAAGAUGGAAAAUUCCGUGGGAGGCACCAACAGGGACGGAAUCAAGUGGAAGAUCCGUGAGCGCAAGCGCUAA